UAUAUAUAAAUGGGAAGAAAAUCAAAUUGCAAAUUAAAACGAUUCAAUUGAUAAAAUUAUCACUCAUCUAAAGUUACAAAAACAUGUCUUCAUCAAGUGGAAAAAAAUAUGAUUUCAGUGGUAAAGUUGCUCUUGUUACAGGUUCAAGUUCGGGUAUUGGUGCGGCAAUCGCUUUGCAAUUUGCACAAUAUGGUGCUCAAGUUACAAUCACUGUUACAAUCACUGGUCGUGAUGCAGCCGCUUUAGAAUCUGUAGCCAAACGAAUUGAAGCUGAAACUAGUCAUCAACCAUUACAGAUUGUUGGCAAUCUUCUUGAUCAAUCAUUGCCGGCUAAAUUGAUCGAUGGAACAAUUUCCAAAUAUGGUCGAUUAGAUUUUCUUAUAAACAAUGCUGGUUUUUCUACACCACAUAAAGAUAUUCAUGAUGAAAAAUUAAUGGAAGCUUUUGAUCAAGUUUAUGGAAUUAAUGUUCGUGCUGUUGUUCAAUUAAGUCAAUUAGCAGCAACACAUUUGGAAAAAUCAAAAGGCAAUAUUAUCAAUAUUUCCAGUUGUGCAUCCUUGAUUCCAUUACAUAUAAUUUAUAGUUCAUCUAAAGCAGCAUUGGAUAUGAUCACCAAAACAAUGGCAAUGGAAUUUGGUAAAAAAGGUGUUCGAGUCAAUUCAAUCAACCCUGGACCUGUAUCAACUCAAUUUAUGCGUUCAGUCGGGAUGUCGGCUGCAUUUUUUUCGGAAAACGAAGAAUUUACUAAAGAACUUACGCUUUUGAAAUUUGUAGCACAACCAGAUGAUAUCGCAAAUCUUGCAUCAUUUUUAGCAUCGGAUGAUGCUCGAAAUAUAACCGGUUCGAUUGUUGUUAGCGAUACUGGAUCAAUGUUGGCACCUAAAGUUGAUUUUAAAAAAUUAAAUGAACUGAAGAAAAAACAAAAUAAUUAAUUGUUAAUUAUAAAAAUACAAUUGAAAAUCUGUCAUGGACAAAUAAUUAAAACCAACUAUUUCCAAUAAAAAUGCUUAUUGUCUAAAAUGAA